CUUAUAAAUGGCUCUGCUUUCUCUCUCUCGUUUCAUUUCACAGUCAAUUUCAUCUCAUCUGGCUCCGUUGGGAAGAUAUUUGAGUACAGGAAAUCACCAGAGGAUCUCUUCCAUUGAUGUUAAUGUGCCAAAUAGAGGACAAUUCAAUGUACUAAAAGGAGGAAGUGGUGUCCAUUCACUGAUAUAUAUUCCAGGUGCCCUAGGCACUGCUAGUACUGAUUAUCAGUACCAGCUGGAGUAUUUCUCCAGACCUGAUUCUAGUUUCAAUAUCGUAGCCUUUGAUCCGUUAGGUUACGGACGUAACAGAUCACAAAGAAGACAGUUUAAAACAGAACCAAUACACUUCCUUCAGCAAGACGGCAUUGAUGCUUAUCACAUCAUGCAAGCAGUAGAGCCAGGAAAACCAUUUUCAGUUCUAGGGUGGAGUGAUGGUGGAGUAGCUGCUUUGUUUCUGUCAGCUCUAUAUCCAUCUUUAGUCAAUAAAUUAGUCGUUUGGGGAGCGAAUGCAUUCUUGACGAAACAAGAUAUUGAAAUGUUUGAGAAGACAAGAGACAUUAAGAAAUGGAGCCCUGGAAUGAGGGACUCUCUUCAAGCCAUAUAUGGAAGUGAUCUACCUCAACUUUGGUCUGACUGGCUGGACAGCAUGAUACACAUAUUUAAUAAACACAAUGGCGACCUUUGCAUGAAGGAGCUAGUCAAAAUAAAAGCACCUACACUUAUUCUCCAUGGAGACAAGGAUCCAUUGGUACCAGAAGUGCAUCCAGUCUAUCUUAAUGAUGCAAUCAGUGAUACCAGAGUCCAUGUAUUCCCUAAUGGUAAACAUAAUAUUCAUAUCAAAUAUUCACAGGAAUUUAAUAAAAUUGUUGAGGAAUUUUUGUUACAAAAAUAAUACGAUAAAAUUUUAAAUAAAAAAAA